UGCCGAGAGCUGGGAGCUGAGGUCUGGCCAAAGGACAGCAGCGAGGACGAGUGCGCUCCCCGCCAGCGCCGGCAUGGGGCUGCUGCUGCUGGCCCUGGCCUCCUGGCUGGGGCUGGCCUUGGCCUCCGAAGGAGUGACCAACGGCAGCCGGCUCUGCCGGGAGGCCCCGGCAUGGCAGAUCAAUGGCUCCAGCCCCAUGGCGGAGGCAGUGGGGCAGGUGACGGUGGUGGCCCUGCUCAAGGCCAGCUGACACUUCUGCCUGCGGCAGGCCCACAGCCUCGGGGGCCUGCGGGAGAGGCUGUCGCGGCAGGGCAUGGCCGACGUCCGCUACAUGAUCGUCAACGAGCAGGCGCCGCUCUCCCGCGCCAUGUUCGGGGAGCUGCAGCGCCAGGCCCCCCCGGGUGUCCCCGUCUUCCAGCAGCAGCCGCAGGAGCCCGAUGUCUGGCAGCUGCUGGGGGGGGACAAGGACGACUUCCUCGUCUACGACCGCUGUGGCCGCCUGGCUUUCCACAUCCAGCUGCCCUACAGCUUCCUGCACUUCCCCUAUGUCGAGUCGGCCAUCCGCUUCACCCACAGCAAGGACUUCUGCGGCAACUGCUCCCUCUACCCCAACAGCACCCACGAGGCUAACAGUACCAUGGAGGUCCCUGCAACCCCAAGCCCGCUUCCUGAACAGGAGGAGAAGGAGUCAGAGGCCCCCAUCCACCACCAGCACAAACCCCUCCAUCCUCACCACCACGCAGGCAGCAGCAAGAGAGCCCCAGACCCCAGCGGGGACCACAGGCCUGCUGCCCAUGCUCACCACCACCAUGGAGAUCAUGGCCAGCCCCAUCCCAAGGGGCAGAAGCAGGAGGGACGCGAUCCCUAAGCCAGGCUGGGCAGAUCCCUAAGCCAGGCUUGGCAGCCUCGCAGAACCCAGUAGAGUGCACAGCGUGCUAGCUCGCUUCCCAGAGGUGUUAAAGGACUCACUUCAGGCCACUGGUCACCAGCAGCGCUGGUGUGACAGCCCCCUCCAGCAUCCCCCCCCGUGGGUCACGCUUCCACCCUGUGACCAGGGAUGAAAAUCCCCCUCUGACACCCAAAGGUGCUGCGCUUUUGGCCACGGGACUCAGUUCUGACCCUUCCUCUGCCACCUGCCUCUCCGUGCUCAAUGAAGCCCGUGGUGCAAACCGGGACGUCCCCAGUCACCGCGGGCCGACACUGCACGGAGCAGCAGGGCAGGGCUGGAGGGACCAGAGCUGGGUGCUGCCUGCCCGACCUGGCACCCAUGGGUGCCCGUGGAGGGACGGGGUGAGCCCAAAGGAGGGGGACACUAGGAGUGGGCGCUGCUGGGUGGCUCCCCGUGGCCCAAACCCCGUACCGCCAUCGCUGUCGCACCCUGGGGACCCUCCGGGCCUUGCACACGGGUAUGUGCAGUGGUGGUGGGUGGCCGCAAGAUGGUGGCCUUGUCCCCUCUCAGAAACCGAGGGGCUGCGACCAGGGUCCACAGCCCUGGGAGGACGGGGCUGAGGGUCCUGGGGGAGAAGCGGGGAUGGGGACAUCCAGGUUGUGAAUAAAGCCUCUGUGAAGCG